AUGCCCACUAAAACGGUUUUAACCAGCCUAGUCAUAGCCCUUUUAUCCACCAUUCUUGCUCUCUACUCAGUCCUGUUGCCUUCCUCUCUCUCUUCUAUUGCUACAACUAUCAUAACCAAUUCUCAACUCGGAGAAUUAUCAAUAUAUUCAACAAUCUUUGGACACAUACACCAACACCAUCAUGUUCCAAUAAAGUGUUGUGAGAAAUGGGAGUCAAGGCUUACACGCAUGUACAGGGCUUCUCUUGUGUUGACUGUUGAUUUGCACGGUUGUGGUAACUUCAGCAGUGUCCAAAGCGCCAUUGAUUCUGUCCCUGAUUUAAGUCCUUCCAAAACUUUCAUUAUCGUAAAUUCGGGUGUUUAUAGGGAAAAAAUUACAGUCAAUGAGAACAAGACAAACAUUGUAAUGCAAGGAAGAGGAUAUCAAAAUACAUCCAUUGAAUGGAAUGACACAGCGAAAUCUACAGGAGGCACUGCCUAUAGUUUCUCUUUUGUUGUGUUUGCAGCUAACUUCACAGCUUACAAUAUCAGCUUCAAGAACAAUGCGCCAGAACCAGAUCCUGGUGAAGAUGAUGCACAAGCUGUAGCUCUAAGGAUUGAAGGAGACCAAUGUGCUUUUUAUGGAUGUGGAUUCUACGGUGCUCAAGAUACCCUUCUAGAUAAUAAAGGAAGACAUUUCUUCAAAAAUUGUUUCAUCCAAGGGUCUAUAGAUUUCAUAUUUGGCAAUGGAAGAUCACUCUAUCAGGAUUGUACAAUUAACUCGAUAGCAAAGGAGAAUACAACAGGAGUUAGCGGAUCUAUCACGGCUCAUGCAAGGCAGACAGAAGAUGAACAGACAGGAUUCUCUUUCGUGAAUUGUAAGAUAGAUGGAAGUGGGAAAGUGUGGCUUGGACGAGCUUGGGGAGCCUAUGCUACCAUAGUGUUCUCGAACACCUACAUGUCUGGAAUCAUCACUCCAGAAGGUUGGAAUAAUUGGGGAGAUCCGAGCAGAGAAAAGACAGUGAUUUUUGGAGAGCAUAACUGCUAUGGAGAAGGAGCAAAUUACAAAGGGAGAGUAUCUUACGGGAAACAAUUAACAGAUUCUGAAGUAUCUUCAUUCACGGACAUUUCUUACAUAGAUGGAGACCAGUGGCUAAAUCAAUCUAACACACUCUCCGAACAUAUAUCUGAAGACCAUAGAGAUGAGCUUAUUGGAUUUUACUAA